GGAGCAAAGAAAUCAGAAAGUAUUCACAUUUAAAAAGCUGAAACAUCAGAAAGCGUGUUUUGAAUAUUGGAAAAACAACAACACUCAAACCGAUUAUCAAAACAGUCAUUUCAUAAUAAUUAAUAAUAUAAAGAAUAAUUGUUGCAACCCUAGUUUCUACCAUUUUUAAUGAAAUGUCUCCGACAUUCUCAUGGGCUCAGCUGCUUCUUUUCAAUGGGGGAACAGCAGUCAAUGGACACAACAGCACUAUUUGCAUACAGAAGAAGACAAAGACACCCAAUUAAGGCAUCUGAAAAAAGAGAGGACAGUAAUAAUAAUCUGGAGAAACAUAUUUAAAACAGCCUAACAGGAGACCAUUAAAAACUAGAUGUGUCCAUUGACUUUUUUAAAUCUGAUACUCCUGCCUCCGAGUCAUACAAUAGUGUGUGGAUUCCUACGGAAAUGAAACAAGACAAGACGUGAAAUGCAGUUCCUGCAGUUUGUUAGAAUACAGGAAGCUUGUUACCGUUUAAGGACCUCAUUAUAUUUGGUGUUGGAGACAAGGUUGUGAGGACAGGAAGCAGGUGGUUUUAACAAUGGCUCUGCGACGUUUUGACUUCAAGGAGUAAACGAGCCUCAGAUACAAAAUCCAGGUCAAGCUCUGAUCUGGUGCAAAUUUCACCGAACAGACCAGCGCAUCCAUCAAAGAAACAGGAUGUGUGAACGGUUGGUUUUCCCCCGUAAGUCCUUCCUGCUGCUUCAUAUUUUGGGUAUGACCUUGGUGACAACCGCCUUCCCUCAGCAUCAACUACCUCUCAGAAGAAUGGAUGAAUCAGAGGAGUCCAAGCAACAUGACUGGGAUGUUCUCUUCCCUUCCAUCGCCCUCCGUGAUUGGAGCGUUCAAAUGAUGUCGGCGCCCAGCCUCAGAUCAGCAGCCGACAGCAAGGCAGGACUGAUGAGGAAGGCAUGGCUCUUUGCUCCUGUGAGGGCAGAGGCAGGGAUGGCAAAGGCGUGGCCUUCCGAGUGGUCGUCUCAGGGAGUCGGGACGGUGAAGAGGAACAUGGUGGUCGCUGAUGACACCGCCUUCAGAGAGAAGAGCAAGCUCCUCACCUCAAUGGAGAGACAGAAGUGGCUCAACUCCUACAUGCAGAAACUACUGGUGGUUAAUUCUUCAGGAUGAUUUAGUCUUUGCAGUAUUUUUUUUUACGUUACACAAACCAAUUUUCUGGGUGAUUGCUCAACAUACCAAACACAUAGGGCAGACAUUAUCAGUCAAUAGUACGGGCCUCACAAUUUAAAAAGACAUUCUUGUAGUGCUGACUUUGUUUCCAAGAAAGCUAAAUAAACACAACAGAAAAAUGAAAAUAACUGCAUUUCAAUGUAAUGGAUGAAUAAAGAUGCAUAUGUUUUCAAUGGAUGUAACUUGUAUUUGGGUCCAGUCACCAAUUCUGAUGUCCUGAAAGUAGGGAUGGGCAAUAAUUCAACAACAUACUGCAUAUCACAACAUAUUUUCAUCAUUACCAACACAGCAAGGUUGAAACAUUUAUAUAAUUUACGCACUGUGCAAACAUACUUUGAGACAAAAUAGAUAAUUGCAGUGAAUAUUUUCCUUCAGAUGUGUGAAAUUUUUUUCUGUGUAUGUACAACAUUCCUGUUUGUGUACUUAACAAAUGAGAUGAAAUAAAAAAAUAAAAACCUUUU